AUGCCAUGGCUGGAACAGCGAAACCUGAUGGUCAAUGCGAGAGAGGAGGAAGAGGAAGACUGGAUAACCGGCAAGAUCCACAGGAGAGGCAAUACGACUGACAUGAAAGGGGGGGGGCUGACGGGGCGAAGGUCAAGUGGGGGGGCUGGGAAACUGUUGAAGGGAAGUACAUCGUCGAUCUGCCUCUUCCUGCUCUUGUUGUCGACCAAGUUUGGAGUUUGCUAUCCCACCUGGGGGCUGGCCAGAGCCCAGCAAUGCAUCGGAGGGAGAGAGUCGGCGCUCCUAGAUGUGUUCACUAUCACGUGCAUCCUGCUCCGGCUGCGAGGAGGGGCCGAAGAUGACAUUGCGAUGAACGAUGCGCUGAAGAGGGAGGCACAGGACGCGUCUGCUGGAGCUUUGACCGCGUUGACCAAGCAGCAGCUCCGAGACGAGCUGCAGCGACGAGGGUGCGACGUGCUCGGUGCAAAGUCCGUCUUGCAGAUUCGCCUAGAGAGGGUCUUGAAGGAGGAGGAUCCUGUUGCGAACGUGCAGGCGACUCCCAUGGUUUCAGGGGAGGUGCUGCAGAAGGUGGACCAGGAGAUGAUGGAUGUGGACGCGACGGGUGCAGGAAGAGCAGGCGACAGGAGGACCAUAGCGCUUUCGCCCACGGACGCCAUCCGCAAGAGACCAGAUACCCAGGUCUUGAUCUUUCACAGAGCGCUAGAUCGAUCCCUUGACCUCUUUCCAGUCUCCCGCAAGCCGCCGAGACUCCUCACCAAGAACGCCGGACUCUAG